UAAGCAACUGCUCCUACAGUGGACUAACUCCUUCACACAGCACAUGUGACAAAAACCAGUACAACUGGGACAUGUCUUCCGGACAUACUGAGCUCCUCCAAGCUGAAGAAAUGAAGUACCAAAACACCAGGAAGUAUGAUGAGGAGGACCUAAACAUUCUCACGCUGGAAGAUCUGCUGUCCUUCUCCUAUCAAGUGGCAAAGGGAAUGGAGUUCCUUGAAUCAAAAAUGUGCAUACACAGAGACCUAGCAGCCAGAAAUAUACUCAUAACUGGUGGGAAGAUAGCCAAGAUAUGUGACUUUGACUUGCCAGAGAUGUAGAAAAUGACUCAAAUUAUGUGGUUAAAGGCAAUGCUCGCCUACCAGUUAAA